GGCAAAUACCUCAGUAUCGUUUAGCUACACAAGACAUGCGUACGCGUCGUUUAAACAAAAAAAUACGAGCACAACCUUUUUUAUCAAUUAAAACUUGUUGACGAUUUUGUUUUUAAAUUCAAAUUCUAGAACGAGUUUCGUCUGACAUUUUUGAAGUUUUUAAAAAUAAAUCGUGGAAGUGGUGUUAAAUUGAUGAUUGUGACAAGUUUUAAAUUGUUUUUCUUGACAAUGAUGGUGAUAAUAUCGUUUUAAUUGACUGUGGAUGAUUUUUUACCGUGCUUCGACACAGAUGGUGACAUAAUGGCAAGACGGACCAUCAUACUUCUAUCCAUAUUUUCUAUGACAAACAAUGUGCACUCACAAUUUUAUGAUUUAUUCUCAAGCUACCAGCCAUACAACUUACAAACUGCCAGACCGAACAUCUACCCACAAGAAUUCUUAGAAAACCGACCGUUAUUUGAAGGCUUCAUCAGAAAUGACAGCGACGAAGAAAGAAGACCACCUUCCAUCACAAACGACAGAAGAGAACCUUCUAGAUCUACAACAAAAACUAGAAGAAAAACAACCACUACAGCCCAAAUCUUCAAUCUAAAUUUUUUCACUACUCCUAAGCCCGUUAGGAAACACAAGAAUUCUAGUCAUAGAAAUAGUAGCAAUAAGAAUAAGAACCAAUCGUUAUUAUUAAAUAAUAAUAAACGGCCAUUUUACGACGAAAGUUCUAAUAAUGUUGCUGAUUAUAAACCCAAUUUAGUCACUGAAAAACCUGUAUUUGCUAUAAACAGGCCUACAGCCAAUUCCAGGCCUAACAACGUCAAUAAUAAACCUAACUACGAACCUAAAAUCGAAUACGAUGACAACAGAUCUGAAUACAAUUUGUUCACAACGCACAAUCCAUUGUACCACAGGCCUGGGGUGAAACCAGCUCCUGUAGACCCGAAUCAGCCUCCAAUAACGAAUAAGCCAGCCACUGUCAGGCCUGACUUUCCAAGGCCAGACACUCAAAGGCCUGAAGUUGCAAGGCCAGUCAAUAGAAGGCCUGAAGUCGCGAGGCCUAUUACGAUAAAGCCAGCCACUACUAGGCCUUUCGCUGUGUACCCCAAGCCGACUGAUAGUAGUGCUAUAAGGUAUCCAGUGGAGAAGGAUACUAGUCCUGAAGUGGUGGUGGGAGCUGAUGAAGACAAGAUGAGCAGUGCAGAAAAGAGGAGAUACAUUGAUUUGGCUGAGCGAAUGUGCGACAAAUAUAAAGCUUUAAACGUGAAGAAGGUGGAAGCCAUACCUCUAUUGCCGUCACCUCAGCCAGUACAAGUCAACGUGACAACUUGCUCUCCCACGAAGAUUCCUCUGGUGGUUGGAGGAAGGGUGGUGACUAUUGAGGAGUUCCCGCACAUGGCGUUGCUCGGCUGGACUAGGUUACAGGGUGGAGGAUACUCCUGGAAGUGUGGAGGCUCCCUGAUCAGCGACCAAUACGUUCUCACUGCAGGCCACUGCGCCUACCAGGAGAAGGACGACACUGUUGUCAUAGGAGCGCCAAGAGUAGUCCAGCUAGGGUCUAGCACCCUCGACGACACAGGAGCGCUGGUCAUGAAGGUCCUGUCCGUGGUCACCCAUCCGAAGUAUGUCAUGACGAGGUCGUACUACGAUAUAGCUCUUGUGAAGAUGGUGAGGCCUGUUACAUUCUCACAAGUGGUGAAGCCAGCGUGUCUUGGCGUACCGCCUGGAGUGGGAGAACCCAUCAUCGCAUCAGGCUGGGGCAGAACCGAGUUCGGAGGCACCCAAUCUGAAGAAUUACGCAGUGUAUCAGUCCCCAUUUGGGAUAUAUCCGAAUGCGGCCGAGUCCUCGGCACCUCGCGGAAGCUGCCCAACGGACCCUCACCUGACAGCCAGGUCUGUGCUGGGGAAAAACAAGGCGGGAAGGACACUUGUCAGGGUGAUUCCGGUGGCCCAGCUCAAAUCCAAGAUGGCUGCGUGUGGAGAGUGGUUGCUGUCACGUCACUCGGAAGAUCCUGUGGAGCUCCAAAUACACCAGCUCUGUAUGCUACCCUCCAUCGAGCCUUCAUAGCUGCCCAGGUCUUCGGCAAAGCCUCUGGCACAUCCACAACUAACCAUAAUAGUGACAGAAACGAGAAUAAUAAUAACCCUCGACCUCCUGUUAAUAACAACUGGAAUAAUAACAAUAAUCGUGAAAACACAAAUAAUAAUAGAACUCCUCGACCCCCUGUUGGUAAUAAUAAUGAUAAUCGUGAAAAUACAAAUAAUAAUCAUGCGUGGAAUACAAACCAGCAAAAUAAUAAUCACAACGGAAACGGUGGUUAUAUUAACAAUCAAAAUUGGGGUAACAGCCAGACAACAAAUAAGUUUAACAAUCCAGACUGGAAUGCAAAUAAUAAUGAUUAUACAAAUAAUAAUCAAAACAGUCAAAAUAAUGGCGGUUAUAGUAUUGUAACGGACAGUAGUAAUUAUGGAAAUAAUAAUAGGCAGCAGUUUAAUAAUGAUAGAUUAGUCAAUAAUGAUUAUAAUGUAAAUAAUGAUCACAAAAUAGUGUAUCCAGAAGUUAGUGGAUAUAAUCAAGGAAACAUAAAUAAUAAUAAUAAUUAUGGCAUUAAUUCCUACACUACUCACAGGCCUAGUCAGAACGGGGGUUGGUGGUCUGGUUAUGAUUAUUAAAACAUAAAAAAUAAAUCGGUAUAUAAAAACCCAUGACAAUCAGUAAGUAGCACAAAAAAAACAAGAAGAAAGUAAAAACACGAGAUUUUAAUACAUCCGGCUAAAACUACUACAAUAAUUAUUAUUGAGAGGGGACGUUUCGCACAUUUAUGCGAACGAAUUUUAUGCGAAUCGACUACUACGCCGAUUUCAUAACAUUGUUUGUUAAAAUGACGUUAUAA